AUGGCAAAAAAACGUGCACAUAAAACACUGUCAUUAGCUGAUAAGCUUAAAAUAAUAGAAGAAGUAAAUCGUGGACAAUCAGGAAAAGUUUUAGCAAAGAAAUUUGGUGAAGGAGCUUCAACAAUUUGCGACAUAAAAAGAAAUACUGAAAAUAUUAAAAGAUUUGCUGAGAAUUCUGAUGCCAAACUUUUAAAUCAGCGCAAGACACUCAAAUCAGGAGAGAAUGAAGAAUUAGAGAUUAAGUUGUAUGCUUGGUUUGAAGAGAAGCGGUCACGGCAUCAAACCAUUUCAGCAGAAAUUUUACGACAAAAAGCUAAAUCACUUCAUCAAAAAAUGUAUCCGAAUCAAUCAUUUCACGCUAGUGACGGAUGGUUGCAAAAUUUUAAGAAGCGAUUUUCUGUGCGAACUUUGAAAAUAUGCGGCGAAUCCUUAUCUGCUAGAUCUGAUCUUGUACCUGAUUUGCAAAAUAAGCUCUAUGACAUUAUCGAGACUGAAAAUCUGAUUGUCGACCAAAUUUACAAUGCUGAUGAGUCUGGACUCUUUUGGAAAAUGUUUCCAAAAAAAUCUUUAGUACAUUGUAAAGAAAAGUCUGCUCCUGGUACCAAAAUGAGCAAAGAGAGAAUCACAUUCUUGUGCUGUGCUAACAAAUCUGGAACUCACAAGCUUAACAUUGCUGUGGUAAAAGACCAUCAAAUUGAAAAUACUUUGCCCAAAAAAGCUUUAUUGUUACUGGAUAAUGCGAAGUGUCAUGGAGAGCCGCUGGUAUCUGAAUGCGGGCAAUAUAAAACUAUGUUUUUACCCCCAAAUUGUACUAGUAUUAUUCAACCCAUGGAUCAGAACGCGAUACGACUAACUAAGCUGUUUUACAAGAAAGAUCUCUUGUGUGAACUGAGGUGGGCUUCAGAUGAUAACAUCCCUCUAUCACUGUUACAACAAGAGUUGCCAGAGAAUGAUCGUGUUGAAGAAACAGAUGAAUUUCGCACAAUAACCAACUUAUUUCACCGCAACAAUGACGUGCAUAUUUCUGAAGAUGAAGUUCUUAGCUGGAUUAUGAACUCUGACAAUACUUCGUGUAGUAGUUCAGAGUCAGACACAGAAAAUGAGCCUUUAAUUACGAAACACGUUAAAAAUCGUGAAGCUCUGCAGGCCUUAAAUAUUUCAAUAGAUUGGGCAAAGGAACGAGGUCUGCAAUCAGAUUACAUAUUAAUGCUAAAAGAAUUGCGGAACAAGGCUUUAGAAGCAUGUGCACUGAAAGACAAGCAAACCUACAUCACUAAUUAUCUACGUUAA